AUGGACGGAGCGCAGCGCCUUUCUCCCAACACGCAAAAGCAGGGCCGCCGCCGGCGGUCCAGCAGCAUCAUUUAUCAGGAACCGCCCGAGUCGAUGGAACAGAUCAGCGACCAGGCUGCGCUUCCCAACUUGAACGCCAACUGGGUCAAUGCCAAGGGUGCCUGGACGAUCCAUUUUGUGCUGAUCGCCGCACUCAAAAUCCUCUUCGACAUCAUUCCGGGAGUCUCGCAGGAGACUUCCUGGACUCUCACCAACAUCAGCUACAUGUUCGGCUCCUUCCUUAUGUUCCACUGGGUGAGGGGUAUUCCGUUCGAAUUCAAUGCGGGCGCCUACGACAAUCUCAACAUGUGGGAACAAAUCGACAAUGGAGAUCAGUACACGCCGGCCAAGAAGUUCCUGCUCUGCGUGCCGAUUGUGCUCUUCCUCCUCAGCACCCAUUAUACCCACUAUGACCUUACCUAUUUCACAAUCAACUGUCUGGCAACCCUUGCGGUUGUCAUUCCCAAGUUGCCCUUUUCGCAUCGGCUGCGGAUAGGUCUUUUCUCCGACAUACCCGACGACUCAUAG